CCCCGCCCCUCCGGCCCCGCGACCCCGCCCCCGUCCGCCCCGCCCGCCUCAGGUGGGGCUGCCCGGCCCGCCCCGCUUCCUCGGGCGGCGUCCGGCAGCUUCUCUUCUGCUCCUCGCAGAAGGCCAGGGCGGCGCCACCGCAAGUUUUGACAUUUUGGCAGCGGAGACGCGCGCGGGCACUCUCGAGCCGACGGCUGCGGCGGCGGCCAACCCUCCGGAGCCCCUUAGUCGCGCCCCGGCGCUCCCGCUGCCCGGAGUCCGGCGGCCACGAGGCCCAGCCGCGUUCUCCCGCGCUUGCUCGCCCGGCGGCCGCAGCCAUGUCCCGGGGGCCCGAGGAGGUGAACCGGCUCACGGAGAGCACCUACCGGAAUGUUAUGGAACAGUUCAAUCCUGGGCUGCGAAAUUUAAUAAACCUGGGGAAAAAUUAUGAGAAAGCUGUAAAUGCUAUGAUCCUGGCAGGAAAAGCCUACUACGAUGGAGUGGCCAAGAUCGGUGAGAUUGCCACCGGGUCCCCCGUGUCGACUGAACUAGGACAUGUCCUCAUAGAGAUUUCAAGUACCCACAAGAAACUCAACGAGAGUCUUGAUGAAAAUUUUAAAAAAUUCCACAAAGAGAUUAUCCAUGAGCUGGAGAAGAAGAUAGAACUUGACGUGAAAUAUAUGAACGCAACUCUAAAAAGAUACCAAACAGAACACAAGAAUAAAUUAGAGUCUUUGGAGAAAUCCCAGGCUGAGUUGAAGAAGAUCAGAAGGAAAAGCCAAGGAGGCCGAAAUGCACUCAAAUAUGAACACAAAGAAAUUGAGUACGUGGAGACCGUUACUUCUCGUCAGAGUGAAAUCCAGAAAUUCAUUGCAGAUGGUUGCAAAGAAGCUCUGCUUGAAGAGAAGAGGCGCUUCUGCUUUCUGGUUGAUAAGCACUGUGGCUUUACAAACCACAUACAUUAUUAUCACUUACAGUCUGCAGAACUACUGAAUUCCAAGCUGCCCCGGUGGCAGGAGACCUGUGUUGAUGCCAUCAAAGUGCCAGAGAAAAUCAUGAAUAUGAUCGAAGAAAUAAAGACCCCAGCCUCUACUCCCGUGUCCGGAACGCCUCAGCCUUCACCCAUGAUCGAGAGAAGCAAUGUGGUGAGGAAAGAUUACGACACCCUUUCCAAAUGCUCACCAAAGAUGCCCCCCGCUCCUUCAGGCAGAGCAUAUACCAGUCCCUUGAUCGAUAUGUUUAAUAACCCAGCCACGGCUGCACUGAGUUCACAAAAGAUAAAUAAUUCAACAGAGAAGCCCGAAAGGGCCACAGCUGGUCAUCACAAAGGCGUGCCCCAGCUGUGUUCUCCAGGCAUCUCAGCCUCACAGCUGCCCCCAAAACCGCCCCAUGUGCUGCUUCCUGCUACUCGAGUGUCCUGUCGUGACACUAAUAAAGAGUGCGAGCGUCUGGAGACAGCUGGCUCUGAGACUGGAGCUCGGUGCUUCCCUGCGGGGCUGCCACCAAGGGUGUUAUGGGGGUGUCUGAGUGAGCUGGUUGGUUCCCCAGUCUCCCUCGUCACCCGCCCUGUUGUCCUGUCGCAGGGGUCUGCCUACGGACCGGUACAUGUGGAGCGAUGCCUCGGGGCUGCAGGAGUGCACCAAGGCUGGCACGAAACCCCCGUCCCUGCAGUGGGCCUGGGUUUCCGACUGGUUCGUGGAUUUCAGCGUCCCGGGGGGCACGGACCAGGAGGGGUGGCAGUACGCCAGCGACUUCCCUGCGUAAGCCUCUCCCUGCACAGGGCCUUCGGGCCAGGUCCUGAGCGUCAGGGCCCUGCAGUGUGUGGCCUCCGUCCUCACUGCUCUUCCAGGUUGAACCCUGCCCCUAGGCCUGGCCAAGGAGCAGACCCCUGGCGCCAGCCCUGCUACUGGAUGGGGAGGGGCCAGCGGAGGGGCUGGGAGGGGCCCAGGAGAACGUUCCCUGCACACAUGGCACCUCUGGCCUCUGUGCGUGGCACGGGUAGGAGCGCCAUGGCUCCCCCAUGCCAUGUUCACCCCUGCUGUGCCAGGCACGGGCUCUGGGAGGAUCAGAUGGUGGCACCCGGGGCACCAGACUGAGGGGCUUGA